AGGAUUGGACUGCAAGUUUAUCCAAAUUUACCAUCAUGUUAUUUCCAGUUCAUCAUUUUGAAAGCACAGUCAUAGCUUUAUUCAGUUGCUCCUUCAUCACGAGCUUUACAUUAAGUUUUGGUGUCUCAGUCCAGAUGAUUUCAUCAGUAAUAGCAUCAGUAAUAGUCAUCAGUAAAUAGCAAGCCGUGGACUACCUGUAAUGCUCUUUAGGGUGGCAACUACGUUAUUAAUAUAGAUGUUAAAUAGGGCACUUCUGCUUACUGAUCUCUGUGGAAAGCCGGUUUAUGGCCGCAAAGAGAGCGUUAUGUUCGACAAAAUCACUUCCAGAAUCCAAAAGCUUUGUUAUGGUUUAAGUAUGGAUUACAUUGAUCCGCCUGCCAUCACAAUGAAAGUCAUAAAUGGCUUGUAUCCUGGUGUUACAACAGUUGAACUUGAUAACUUAGCUGCAGAAAUUGCAGCGACUAUGACUACAAAACAUCCUGACUAUGCCAUCCUUGCUGCACGCAUUGCUAUAUCAAAUCUGCAUAAAGAAACAAAAAAGUCAUUUAGUAGUGUAAUUAGUGAUUUGUACAAUAUGAAGAAUAGCAAAACUGGGAAAUUGUCACCUAUGAUAUCAGAAGCUACUUAUAAAGUUGUUAUGGAAAAUGCAGAUAAAUUGAAUUCUACUAUAAUUUAUGAUAGAGAUUUUAGCUACAAUUAUUUGGUUUAA